AUGCAUAAGCCAAGCGCGUACGGCUGCGGCGAGGAUCCUCUGCACCAAGAGGCGACGCGGCGAGUCAGCUCCCCGACCGUCCUCUCGGCGUUGCCUGUAGCAGGUGACGUCGAGAUGCGCCCUAGCGGCGUUCAUGCACAUGCACCUGCAAGAGCGAUCUCAAUCUCUGCGUUUGCGUCGAGUUGGUACGUACGUCCUCUCAUCAUACAUGUCGUAGUAUAG